CUUGCAACUUCUAAACUAACUUGGACAUGUCAAAAACUAGAAGCCUCUUUUACUUGAAUCACAUCUAUAUAAAACAUUCUGAUCACAACCAAAUUCCCAUCGUGGAAAAUAUAUUUGGAGCUUCAAGUCUUUCUUUAAGCUAACUUUGUAUCCUUUGUUCAUAGUUUAAUUUGCAGGGAUGUCACUCGUUCCUAGCCUUUUUGGUGGCCGAAGAACCAAUGUCUUCGAUCCAUUUUCUCUAGAUGUAUGGGAUCCUUUUGAUGGCUUCUUCAACUCUGCAUUGGCUAACAACGUGCCUUCUUUGGCACGUGAAACUUCAGCCUUUGCUAACGAAAGGAUUGAUUGGAAGGAGACACCGGAAGCUCACGUUUUCAAAGCUGACCUUCCAGGGCUGAAGAAAGAGGAGGUGAAAGUUGAAGUAGAAGAAGGGAGGGUUCUUCAGAUAAGUGGGGAGAGGAGCACAGAGCAAGAAGAGAAGAAUGACAAGUGGCAUCGCGUCGAGAGGAGCAGCGGGAAGUUCCUGAGGAAGUUCAGGUUGCCUGAGAAUGCAAAGAUGGAUCUGAUAAAGGCUAGCAUGGAAGAUGGUGUGCUUACUGUCACCGUCCCUAAGGAGGAGGAGAAGAAACCUGAGGUUAAGGCCAUUGAGAUUUCUGGCUAAAAAUAUGGUGAAAACAUCUUAAAGUUUCAUAGAACUCAAUCAUGAAAACAAUAAGCAAAUGCUGUUAGUGUUUGUUUGAGUGUUAGGUCUUUCCAUUGUACUUCUUACUUAUGCUUUUUUUAAUUAAAAUGAUGUAAAAGUGUGUGACAAGGUUUAGAAUAAAUUUGUACUUGCUUCAAUCUGAUCAAACCAGUUUUUUUAUGAUGUU